CGUCAUCGGACCGUGAGAUAACCAUGUUUCAACCUCACCUUCGCUGUUCCUGAAGGGCAUGAAUUUGAUACAAUUGAUAGUUCACGAUGCACAACAAGGUGGACGAGGAUGAGCAGAAUAUGGUACCUGGAGACGGAUGGAUCUCGGAAGAUUCAAGCUUCUACGGUGAUGAAGAUGAACAAGAGCGCCAACAAUCCCUCUGUCAAGGCUUCACCCACAAGUCUUUCUGGUCUACACAUGACAGUGAUCUGAAUGCCAUCACAAGCCCUGUUAGAACUCGAAGAAUCAUCAAUGCUGCCCCAGACUCAAAUACUUUCACGCCUAGCAAACCUAGUGGCUCUUUUCCACUUGACCGAAAAUCGAUGGAAGCAGAUCGACUUGCAAGAUUAGGGAGCAAACGCAAGCGCGACUUACCAUCAGAGCAGCCAUCACAAGCACUUGAGCAAUUCAAUCCUCGGCAAGGUUGCUCUGAUUCAUGGCAGCUAGGCGAAGCUGUGGAUGACUUUGUCCGACGGCUUCCACCUCUCACGACCUCGAUUUCAACUUGCGACUGGAUAUGGGCUGCAAAUCCGCAUCGUGAUCCGCAAGACAAACCCAACUAUCCACGAGUGGCUGACUUCAAAGAACGCGGGUCUAGUCUACUCGAACAGUCCCUCAAAGUACGACGUGAUACCCAAAACAACAACGCAGGAACGGCGAAAGGAGCGGUGACUCGACGUCUCAACCAGGAAAGCAAGACUCUCCAACAAAACCUCACUGAACUUGCGGUGGAGACUGGUGUUCUUUCGGGAAAGUGGAUGUUGUUCCUCAAGCUCGAGGAUAUCACCAGAGUGUGGAAGAAAAUAGUCGAUGCCGUGAUCAACAAUCGUUUGGGCCCCAUAGUCAAGAUUGCCCCCGAAGAUGGCAAUCCUGAUGAACGACUAGUAUGUAUCUAUACAAGAGACUUUCGACAGGAAGAAGAUGUGCUUCGUGUGCUUCGUGUGCUUCAAGAGCUUGUCGCAAUGGGUCUCACCGGGUCUGGAAAACCACUGUACUAUAAGUCAGACGCGUACACACAUCUAGAUAUAUAUUCUCGCACCGCCACGGAAUACGGACUGCAAGCGAGUCUGUACAAUAGUUCGAAGAUGUUAGCUGAAGCCCGACUUCCAAAAUCGACAUCAAUGCCGCCAAAGAAGCAGUCGAAGCUCACAAAGUUCUAAUGAUUGCUUGAUGAGAACGUCAUCAUGGUUAUGAGAUAAGCCAGGUAUUCGAGAGAAGGAUGCUUCGCAGCGUGAAGAUAGAUCGCAGAUAUCAGGUUUGUAUCAAAAAGAGCUAUCUGGAGUAGUGAUCCGUACCCGACCUACCAUUUAACUAAUCAUAUGUAUUUAUUCACGUCCCUCGGCUUCUUGCAAGUAAAUCAUCACAAGAU